GCACUGCACCUAAAACACUGUUUGUGAAUGUGAACCAUCCACCUCAGAAUCACUCUGCCUUUCGCAUUUUUUUUGCGAGUCCACGCAGAUUCCUUCUGCAACUGAUACCAUUGUGAACCUUCGAGUUGGGACAGCAGCUACCUUCUCUGAAUCCAACAGCGUGCUACGACUUCUUUCUACUCCAUGCUUCUCCGUUAUCUCCUGUGCGUUCGCUCGUCUGCCCUGAAAAGUUUCGGUCGUGAGGAUAAAAGGACAUCUUGAAUCUUCAAAGGGAUUGUUUUAAACAACGAAGAGGAACUUCAGGAUGACCCCUCAGUGAGACUGACCCACGACCCGAAUUCCUCCGCGCAGAGACCCACCCCCCUCCCCCCCCCCUCGACCCCAGUGUCUGACUCUCUCCAGUGCCGAGUCCCCUACCUAACACCGCCACCAUAAACCCCACACUGUCCACCUUCCUCCCCUCCUCCCUCGUCAGCUCGCCCCCUCCCCCGCAUCCCCUCCCGGACUCCAUCAUGGACCUCCACCGCGCGGCCUUCAAGAUGGAGAGCUCCUCCUACCUGCCCAACCCACUGGCGUCGCCGGCGCUCAUGGUGCUGGCGUCCACGGCCGAGGCCAGCCGCGACGCCUCCAUCCCCUGCCAGCAGCCGCGCCCGUUCGGCGUGCCCGUGUCCGUGGAGAAGGACGUGCAUCUGCCCUUCAACAACGGCUCCUACACCUUCGCCUCCAUGUACCACCGGCAGGGCGGCGUGCCGCCAGGCUUCCCCAACCGGGACUUCCCGCCGUCGCUGCUCCACCUGCACCACCAGUUCGCGCCGCCCAACCUGGACUGUUCGCCCAUCAGCAUGCUCAACCACAGCGGCGUGGGCGCCUUCCGGCCCUUCGCCUCGCCGCACGAGGACCGGGAUGCCGCCGCCACGGCCGCGGCUGCCGCCGGGGGCUACCAGUCGGCCUUCACCCCGGCCAAGCGCCUCAAAGGCUGCCUGGAGGCAGACGCCUCCCCGCACCUGCGCUACUCCGACGCAGAGGGGAAAGAGUACGACUUCGGCGGGGGACAGAUCCCCUCAGGCUCUCCCAGCGCGCUCAAGAUCGUGGAGGACGCCGGCAAAAAGAUUUUCGCCGUGUCGGGCCUGCUGUCGGACCGCGAGACCUCGUCCAGCCCCGAGGACCGCAUCGACCGCUGGACACACACCUGCGUUCACUUGAGGCCUCAGACUAACAGGUGUGCAGCACAGCAGCUAAGGGCCAGCGCUAGCUCGACACAUCUCUACCAGAGCCAGGAGGAGGAAGUGACAGUUUUUGUUUAUGGGCCCGACAAGAAAUAUGGACGAGGGAGGGAGACGUCAGAUAUCAGAGGUAAGAAGAAGGUGUCCAUGUAUGACAGCCAGGCUCCUAUCUGCCCUAUCUGCCAAGUGCUGCUACGCCCUGGAGAGCUGCAGGAACACAUGGAGCAGGAAAUGGAGAAACUCAUACACAUCAGUAAGAACCCACAACACAAGGACAACGCCACACCGGGCACGCCCAAGUCGCUCCUAUUGUCCGUGCACAUCAAACGCGAGGGCGAGUCUCCUGUCGUGUCCCCACUCUCAUCGGACGACGCUCACCACUCCGACAGAUACCAGACAUUUUUACGGGUUCGGGCAAACAGACAAACACGAUUGAAUGUCGAUGUCCACUGCUGGUGCAGGCGCUCAGGCAAGGAAUGUGUCAAAAGCCCCCCAAACCCAGUGCCCAGCGGUGUGCCCCUAGCCCCUUGCUGCCUACGCCACGCGCGGAUUGGGAAGAUGAAGCGCCGGAAGCCUGAGGAUGGACAGGUAUGUCCACUGUGCAGCGCCCCGCUGGCAGGGACAGAGGAGGAGAUGAGUAGGCAUGUGGAGCAGUGUCUGUUUAAGAGGGAAGGAGUGUGCGGCCCCGAGGACGACUCCGCCGACGCCGACGGAGAGAACGGAACCCGCUUCGAGGAGUACGAGUGGUGUGGCCAGAAGAGGGUCCGAGCCACCACCCUGCUGGAGGGCGGCUUCCGAGGAACUGGCUUUGCCGUGUGUAGCACAAAGGAGAGCCACGACAGCGACGCAGACCUGGACGUGGACGGUGACGACACACUGGAGUACGGCAAAGCACAGUACACAGAAGCAGAUAUCAUUCCGUGCUCUGGGGAGGACCACGGAGACACCAAAGAACGGGAGGCGCUGCGCGGCGCCGUGCUAAACGGUGGAAUGCCCUCUAACAGAAUAACGCCCGAGUUCUCCAAAUGGGCCAGCGACGAAAUGCCUUCCACCAGUAACGGCGAGAGCAGCAAGCAGGACCUCAGCUCCCCGUCCACAUCCUCCGCACCCAGGACCUGCAAAAACAGCGAGAUUGAGAAGAUCACGGAGGACUCGACGGCCACCACACUGGAAGCCCUGAAGGCUCGCAUCCGGGAGCUGGAGAAGCAGAUCCUCAGGGGAGACCGCUACAAGUGUCUCAUCUGCAUGGAUUCCUACACCAUGCCUCUCACCUCCAUCCAGUGCUGGCACGUUCACUGUGAGGAAUGCUGGCUUAGGACUCUGGGAAACAAGAAACUCUGCCCACAAUGCAACACCAUCACGUCGCCAGGGGAUCUCCGGAGGGUCUACUUGUGAAGAGACACGGCUACCGACUGGAUGCUAACUCUUCUCUUCACCCCCCACCCUACCCCUAAUUUCCAGUACUCUCAGUGUAUUUUUUUUUUUUGGGGGGGGGGGGGGGGGGGGGGUUGUUUUGUUUCGUUUCGUUUCGUUUCGUUUCGUUUCGUUAUUUGUUUUCGUUCUUCAAGAAGGCCCUAAAGGUUUCCCCUAAUUUCUCCAAAUGUAAGACACAGACGUUUGUCUGGGGAAAGAACUCGAAAGGGGAUGACCGAUGAACCAGGCCACGGAACAGACUCUCCUAGGGUCCAUUUUGCGAUGCGGUCCAUCCUGAACGACUGCUCUUCAGAAAGAGCGAGCUGCCCCCUGGUGGUGGUCUGUGGUAGAGCGCCUGGUACUUCCUGCUCCGCCCUCCACUCUGCUCCCCUCCUCAUCCCUCCCUCUCCACCACUCUGUGUGACUCCGCCGCCCCAACCACCACCACCACCCUCCCACCCCCCGCCCUCGGCCUCGGUGGAAGAGACGUCUUUGCUCCCAGCAACGCUGCUACUCCUGCUGCGAUGUCCACCCUCACCUCCUCUCCUCACGCUGCUCCACGGCCACCUGACCACUGAACAAUUACAGGGGAACUAAGGGGGGAAUGAAGACGUUAAAAAAAAAAAGAGAGAGAAAUGUCAACUUCUGAGCUUUGAAACCAAAAUGGACGACUGCUAACCUCCUGUGGGACUCUACAUAUCUCUCUCUCUCUCUACUUGUUGAUUUACUUCCUCCCAGCAUUUCUUCUUUUGUGGUGUUCUAGUGAAGUCAACCAAAAUUCAAUGAAUCUGUGCAAGCACAUGUAAAAUAGUCUAUGUAUGUUUACAGUGUUGUGAGUAAAUGACAUAGAGAGCGCUUGUAUACACACAUAUAUAAACUGACAUAUACACUUACACACACACACACACACUCUCUAAAAUGUAUACAUAUGCAUAUACACACACACGUACAUGCAAACAUUCAUAAACCCCACAGAGGUAUAUAUUAAUAAGGUCCAGUUUUAGUUUGGGUACGGGUGGGAUAUGGGUAGGUUUGGGGCUAUGUUGAAAUCUCUGGGGUAAAAAAAAAAAAAAAGAAAACUGAAAAACCCUCUGUAUUUUUAAACAGAUGUUGUUGUCUUGAGGUUGAAGUUGUAUUUCAUUGUACAGGAAGAAAUUUAAGUAUUAAUAAUAAUAAACUACUCAAACUAGGAAUUAAAAAGGUUUAGAUGGUGUACAUUUUUCAUUCAGUCAUAAACUAGUAAAUCUAAUGCCAUUUGACUUUUCUAUGAGUCAAUAUAUUUCCUUUUAAAUAUCCCCACAGUACCUCCUGAGCCUACUCUGUUGGUGUAUUGUAAUAUAAAUAUGACUAUGUGUGCGCUACUGAGCGAUCAGCAGUGCAUGAAGGGAAAUGGCCACAGGAGCUCUUCACACUAACACACAGUCUGACCAGGCCAACAUGUCCGGAAGAAUCUCAUUGAAGUUGCAAAGGUGUUUUUUGUUUUUUUUUAGUGUGCAGUUUUACUGUCUCAGAAUGGCUUAGCCAGUUGUUUUUACAAAACAGCAGUGCAGUGGGGAAUUGCACAGGUUUGCUAAGUUCUAAUACUCCAGACCAGUGUGUGUGUGUUUGAAUUUCAAUUGAGAGUGUGUGUGUGUGUGUGUGUGAGGUGAAAUCCCACAGGACCCCCUCCAGUCAGUCUGCCCUGGCAGUGUGCUUUGUGUUUUGUAAAACUAUGUAUCCUGUGAUUUCUGUGUCGGUGUAAGCAAGGGGGGGAAAGAGAAACCUAUAUAAUGGGAAAUACACAUCUUUGCUGAUCAUGGCACCACAAUAAAGCUACAUAUGUUUUUUUAAAGUAA